AUGAGCGAUGCAGCCGCGUCCGGACAUACAGACGCUGUCGAGCUACUCUUGUUCGCAAAUCCUCGUCCAGGUCUCAACAGUCUGAGCACAUCUUUGCACGCGGCCUCGGAGCGAGGCUUCGUCGAUGUUGUGCGCCUGCUGCUGCGGGCUCGCGCGGGCGCAGACACGCUAAUCUGCGGAGAAACAGCACUUUCCAAGUCGGCUGGCAAAGGUCGCGUGGAAGUUGUUAGCUUGUUGUUGGAGGCUCGUGCCGACACGGAGAAAGGCUCCCCUUUGUGUUCCGCCUGUGCCAGCGGAGUCGCGCAAGCUGUUCGAAUGUUGCUCGGUGCAGGCGCUGACACACGCACCAGGGCGGCAGACGGGCCACCCGUAUACAUAGCCGCUGAUAGAGGCUACAUUGACAUAUUGAAAUUGGUUCUGGAAGCAAGGGCCAAUGCAAACGACACAUCAAGGGAAGACACGCCGCUUUACAGAGCCUCGUUCCGAGGAUAUGCAGUUACAGUCCGCUUGUUAUUGGAGGCCAUGGCGACUGUCGAUACACUUGUGCACGGCAAAACCCCCCUGGAGGCCGCAUCGGGGAGGGGUCACUGCAAGACAGUGCGGCUGCUUCUCAAUGCGAAGGCAGACAAGGACACGAGCUCAGCACUUUGCUCGGCGAUUCGCAACGAACAGGCAGAGGUGGUGUCCGAGUUGCUGACAGCACGCGCGAACACGGAUGACACAGCCACCGGCGAUACACCUCUUGGCCUAGCAGCUGGCAGAGGGAUGUCGGCAAUGGUGCGCAUGCUGUUGCAAGCAAGGGCGGACAUCAACAAGGUUGCAGAAGGGGCUGAAGCACCUCUUUGCAAAGCUUGUGCUGGUGGCCAUAUCGACGUUGCGCGCUCGUUGCUGGAGGCGGGGGCGGACAGAAACCUGGGUUCGCCUCUUUGUUCAGCUUGUGAUGACGGACACACGGAGAUCGUGCAGCUAUUGCUGACGGCCCGUGCUGACAAGGAUGCUUGCAACAUUGAUGGCAGAACGCCACUCUGGCUGGCGAGCAGUCUUAACUUUCCGGACGUGGUGCGCUUGCUGCUCUCGGCCGGCGCAGAUCCCAAUUUCGUCGUGCUCGCAGGUUCAUACGGCCGUCAUGUCGCCCUGGGUGGUCUAGAUUGCAGCGGGCCGACGUGGAAACUUCUCAUGGAGGCCUGGAUCUCUGGAUCUUGCCGCAACUCCGGAAAGCCGCGCUUCUCCACUAUGCUGGGAAAGAAGUACGUCUCAAGGACUAAGUGGAAUCCACGGAAAAGUGGCUCGCAGUGA